UCGACACCACACAUACACACACACCACUCGACACCACACAUACACACACACAUACACACACAUAUAUAUGUCGCUUGACAUCUGCUUUCUCCGCCUCAAUGCACUGCGCACAUUGAUGGCGCUGGCACUGGUGAUGGCCGCCACAGCCACUGCCACUGCCACUGCCACAGCCAGCGCAAAGGUCGAUGCGCGCCCCAUCUUCCACUUCCGCCCGCCAAAGCACUGGAUUAACGAUCCUUGCGCUCCGCUCUUUGACGCCCGCUCCGGUCUCUAUCAUCUCUUCUUUCAGUACAACCCGGAGGCCUCCGUCUGGGGCGACAUGCACUGGGGUCACGCCGUCUCGCCCGAUCUCAUCCACUGGGACUAUCUGCCCAUUGCUCUUGCUCCGUCAGAGCCGUACGAUGCCGCAGGUGUCUUUACUGGCUCUGCCGUCAUUGCUCCAGAUGGAUCCAUCGCUGUUCUGUACACUGGUGUCGCCGCCGGCCGCCCACUGACAGAGGCAGAGUCGGUCGACGUUGCUACCCCGAUCAACGCCUCGGAUCCGCUGCUAGAGGUGUGGACCAAGGCGCCGGCAAACCCGCUAGUCGCCGCGCGCCCUCUCCCUCCCGUCCUUGGCAACGACACCGCUUUUCGCGAUCCGACUGAGCCGCUGGUUCUGGGCGACGGCGCGCCGCCGUUUGUGGUCCUCGGCGCAGGCGCAGAGUCGGGCAAGGGCAUGGCCCUCCGCUACGCCCUCCCGCACUACCCAUCACCACUCGGUAUGCACUAUCUUGACGUUCUACUUGCUGCAGACUCCUCGAUCCUCGACGGCGCCAUUUGGGAGUGCCCAGACCCGUUUGCCCUCGACCAUCUGGCGGUUCUCAAGGUCUCGUCGCGCGCUCUCGGCUACGGCGAUCACUACUACUUUGGCGCCUCGCUUCGCCCCGGGCAACCUUUUGUGCCAGCUGUCCAUGGCGUUGUCGACUUUGGCCAGGUCUAUGCCUCCAAGUCGUUCACCGAUCCCCUCUCGCACGCACGCAUUCAGCUCGGCUGGUCGUCCGAGGGCGACUCGCAAGCCUCGCAAGUCGCACGCGGCUGGGCCGGCGUCCACGUCAUUCCGCGGCGCCUCUCUCAUGUCCUCGCAGCUUCUGGCUCACCGCUCCUCGCAGCCACUCCGAUCCCAGCCCUCGACGCCCUGCGCGUGGCGUCGUCGCACGCCGCCGUGACAUCGCCGAUCGUCUUUCCCGUCUCGGCACCCGCCGCCGACCUCCCGCCCGGAUUCGAGGGUGCUACCGCCGACUUUGUGGCUUCGUUUAUGGUGCCCCACUCGCUUGCUUCGACUGCCAACACGACUCGUCCCGAGAUCUUUGGCGUUAACGUCCGCGCCUCGCCCACCCUUGCUGAAGUCACCCGCGUCGGUAUCGCGCUUGCCUCCCCGCCCGCCGGCAUGCCCGGAGUCACGUUUCCUCACGCUACUCCGUACGAGCGCCUGGCAUCGGUGGCCGAUCCAAGAUCAUGUGGCAAAGCAUGUGCUCAGUUUGAGCUCUGCGCUGGGUGGACCUGGCUCGCCAACGCCUCAUGCGAGCUGUACUCGCUCACGGGCGUCCCGCGGCCCACCGCCUCCUCCACCGUCUCUGGCUGGCGCCCGCUGGUCUUUGUCGAUCGCGCGCGCACAUCGCUUGCGCCCGACCAAGAGACCUCGCCCAACUCGGGUAUCCUUCCGCUCCUUGCGGCGGCGCCCGGCCGCGUCGACCUCCGCAUUGUCCUCGACAACUCGAUCGUCGAGGUCUUUGCCGCCACUGGCACCGCCCGCAUCACCUCGCGCAUCUACCCCACCCUCCCAUCGUCAACCUUGCUCUCGAUCUUCGCCGACAGUCUCGCCUCCCACGUAGCCCUUGAAGUCGCUGACAUGUGGGCCAUGCAGCCUGCCGAUGGUGUGCUGCUCGGCGUCGGCCGCAUGGCGACGUCAUCGCGGACUAUCGCCGGCAUUCUCGGCAAGCCGCGGUAUUACACCAGCCCCAACGACACUAUCUCGCACCAUGAACGCGAUCGGCUCCUCGCUGCGCCGCGCGGGGUGGCCGUCGACCCCAACUCGCGCGCCGUCGCCAUCAACGACACUCGCGCCAGCCGUAUCGCCGUCGUCUGGCCGGACGGGCGCUGGGAGACGCAUCCGUCGCAGACCAAGGGCAACGACCUCCUCCUUCUCGACGGGUACCUUCUCAAGGCGAUUGAUGGAGGCAUUGAGGUUAUGGCCGUGCCCUCCAGCCUUGCUGGCCCCAUCGCGACCGACGCGUCGGCGCCAGGCCAUGCUCUCGUCGCCCUGGCGGACGACGCUCUUGCCGCACCGCCGCCCGGGGUAAGCAGCGAGCAGUCCGUCUCGGUCGACGACCCGCUCGACGACAGCGUCCUUGCCCCACCAAAGUCGAACAUGCUCUUUGGACUUGCCCACGACCCGCUCACAGGCACCGUCUUUGCUUCACAUCCCGACGCCGCCGCUGUCGUCGCCGCUACCGCUUGGCGCGAGCCGGGCGCCUCGCUCGCCCGCCUCCGUCUCGACACUUCGGGUCUCACUGCUCCGGACAUUCACUAUCCGGAUGGCCUAGUACUGUCACAGACAAGCGAUGUGCUUUACCUCUCGUGCUUUCAUCGUGUUCUGGCGCUGCAUCUCGCCUCCGGCAACGUCUCGCUGGUGGCCGGCAGCACUGUUGCCGGCCACGUCGACGGUCUAGGCCCAGACGCCCGGCUCGACAUGCCGACGAGUCUGGCCAUGGACGGCGAUGGCGCACUCCUUGUCGCCGAUCGCUACAACAAGGUCAUUCGCCGCAUCGUGCUGCUUGCCGAGACUGGCCCGGGCCUCGUCUCCACUGUGGCAGGCACCGGAAGCUCUGGCGCGCGCGGCAAGCCGCUGGCGGCGGACCGUACGCCUUCGCCCAUGUUCACCGCCAGCGACGGCCGCGGCAACCUCAUUGUCUCCUCGUUUGAUACUCAUUUGGUGUAUGCAGUCCAAGGUGUGAUGGCUCCCGGCCAUCCCCACGCCCACCUCGCCGGUCGCCUUGGCUGGCGGCCGGCUACCUUCCGCCUCUACCCGGCGCGAGUCCGCGCCGCCAUCCGAACGCUGUUCUGCUCCUGA